UAAGUAAUUUAGUGUAUUUUUUUUACCAUUAGUUUAUAGUAGUAUUUAGUUGCCAUUUGUUGGCUAUUUUCUUGAAUAACUUCGAAACUAAUAUUUAAAAAAAAAAUUACAGUAUUAAAAAUUUUUAUUUUUAAUUUUCUCGUUUACCCCCAAAAGUAGCCUCUAUGUUUAAAAUUCAUUUAAGUAUUUAAGUUAAGAUGUUAAUCUUUGGGUCCCAGAUUUACAUAUGUGUACCAAAUUUCACCUAAAUUGGUCCAGUAGUUUCGAAGCAAACGGGCUGUGACAGACAGACAGACGCACGAGUUAUCCUAUAAGGGUUCCGUUCUUUCCUUUUGAGAUAUGGAACCCUUAUAAGCAGAGAUCGGCGGGGGUGAGCUGUUUUUACGUCAUUAAUGUCAUGUAGAUGUUAAUAUGGAUAUGGAGUAUCCAUAUAUAAAUAUUAAAAACCGGCCAAGAGCAUGUCGGGCCACGCUCAGUGUAGGGUUCCGUAGUUACUCUUCCGUCACAAUAAGCUAAACUGGAGCUUAAAGAUAGUAAAUUGUUAACCAAGGGAUGAAACGGUACCUUUCACAUAGGCAAAUUUGCAUAAUCAUGUACCUAAUUAAAGUAAGUAAGUCUUUUUACUAUGAAGGGGAAACGUUUUGCGAUAACUCAAAAACAGCUAAACUGAUCAUGUCCGCUAUAGUUUUCAUUUAAUGUAUUUCUUAAGCUCUACUUCCACGAUUUUUUUUCAUAUUUUUUGGACCUAUGGUUCAAAAGUUAGAGGGGGGGGAAGGGACACAUUUCUUUUUUCUUUCGGAGCGAUUAUCUCCGAAUAUAUUCACUUUAUCAAAAAAUGUUUGUUGAAGACCCCUUAGUUUUGAAAGACCUUUCCAACGAUACCCCACACUGUAGGGUUGAAGCAGAAAAAAAAUUAACCCCCAAUUUACGUGUAGGGGAGGUACCCUAAAAAAAUACAUUUUUAGAUUUUAUUGUACGACUUUGUCGGCUUUAUUGAUUUAUAUAUCCAUGCCAAAUUUCAGCUUUCUAGCACUAACGACCACGGAGCAAAGUCUCGGACAGACAGACAGACAGACAGACGAACAUGGCGAAACUAUAAGGGUUUCUAGUUGACUACGGAACCCUAAAAAAAGACAGGACUGAAAUGAUUAAACUAAAAUUAAAGUUCAAUACAAAACGAGUGCUAAGUUUUUUUAUUUAUUGUACAUUUAAUUUUCUGUGCUAUUGUAAUAAAUAACUAUAAGUUUUUCUAUAUUUUCAAUUUUUAAUUUGUUUCGCCUUCAGUUUUAUUUGAGUUUCAUUUGUAUAUAGAAAAAGAUCCUUCUACAUCCACUGAUGUGAGUGGAGUGAAAUGGAUAUACAAUAAUAAUUAUAUUAUCUAAGGAAGCUUACGUUAAUACUAGAUGAAACUUUUUUCUCACUUAAGCAGAAAGCUGUGUAAAGUAGAUAAAUCACAUUCCGUGGGUUUUAAUAGAGACGUGACGUGAAGGCAGCCGAAAUAAAAUAAUUUAAUUAGUUUAUAAUUAUCAAUUACAUAUGGGGCAAUUACCAUUAAAGGACAAGGUAUGUCCAUGCUAUGCAAAAACUGAAAACAGCUCACCCCCGCCGAUCUCUGCUUAUAAGACUGCAGGUUUAGAGGCAAUUCUUUUCUCCGUCUCUACUCUUGCGAUUAAAAUGUCAUUUAGACCAUUGUGUGGAAGGGAUUGUUUAUCUACAUUUAGGUAGUUUUUUUUAUUAACUUUCUAUGUUAAGGUUUAAGUAGCUUUUAAACAUUAUAAGUACUUACACAUAUUUAUGUAUGCACGGGGUAGUAAGUACCUUCUGCAUAUAAAAUAAUGAGUAAGUACAUAGGGUAAAUAGUGAUAAUAGGUACAAAAGUGUGCUGCUAAUUUAAAGGGAAAUAUUAUUAUUCUGAAAAAAAAUUCAUCAGAAGAUGCCAUCUGUCGUCGGAAUGGAGAACUACGAAGCUAACAGCAUAACGACAGGCGAAGUUCAAUUAGAAAUCUUCAUAGCCCGCAUUGAAGGCAGCUGAGUCAGUCCGCUAGAUUACGAGCGAGCGACCGGAACACCGAUAUAGAUGGCGCCAGGCUCGAAGUCGUCCGGCGCCGCUUUCGCGCACGCCGAGCGCCGGCCAUAGGGACGUCAAUACAAACAACAAGACUACAAACGAGAACGUUACGUAUAUGUACAGCUAACGGCGACAGGCGCAGCCAGUAGACAGCAGAGCUCAGUUUGCGCACUCUGCUUGUAUUUAGAGGUUGAGCGUGCACCCACUUGACUCGGGGAGAUAUCGUUAUCGCGUGUUCGGAUCGGAUCAUGACUGAUUUGUGCUAUUUAUUCUUGCGAUAGUUUUCUAUACAGUGAGUAAACGCGUAAGGAAUAUUAGGUUUAUAUAGUUCACGGAUUGUUAAUAGUUGAAAUACAAUAUCAAAGUGUAAGUGUAUACUCAUCUCGUCCUGAUAAAAAUGUGCGCAUAUGCCGUUUCGAUUUGUUUUUGUUUACACAAUCCAGAGCUCGAGCUUCAGCUCCAGCAAGGACCUGUCGCAGUUUACAGGAUAUAAUUAAAGCAUCGUUCGACAGUAAGUUUUUGACGGGUAGAUCAACUUGUUGCCUUUAAAAAUGCCUUCAUUGAGUCAAGAAAUCAACGUAGAUCUCAAUUCCAACGAGAAAGACACCCUGAAAAAUGAGCUAAGCGAAGAAAAAAUGAACGGGGAGAGUAGAUUUGUGCCCACCGAUCGAGGUUCUGAGAGCGUUCCGGUGGGACUCAAUACCGAUCGACGUCUCGCUUUCGCCUUAAGGGAUUUUCUUUCGGGAUCGUCAAAUGCAGUCAUUAGUGAUAGUGAGGGCGAGCCAUCGCCUAUGGCCCUAGAGCACGGGCUUCCGUUUAUAGAUGAGCCGAUUGAAUCUGAAGACGUGACGCAAUCUGAUGAAGAGCGGCCUGCGUGCAGAGAAACGGAGGAGGUGCUCAACAACGCAGCCUGUCGGCUCAGGCGGUGGCGCGCCGCCUCGCGGAAGCUAAGGCGGCCUAGGAUCAUUGACAAUUUGUGUGGAAGUGAGGACAGGAAGGGUAGCAAGUCGUGUAAUGGUGGGCAUACGGACUUGGCGGAUCGGCUGCGGAGCCUGGCGGUGGCGGGCAGCAUGUCGGCGUCGGCCGGCGAGUUGCUUUCGCUGGCGCCGCCGCCGCCGGCCGCCACCGCACCGCCUUCGCCUGGAUGCUUGCUCUCACCAUCGCUGGCCGACCAGAGUUCUGCCGAGUACUUUGGCUCUAGUCCGGAAUGCUGUGUUGACAGCGGCGGGUUGGAAAGCAGCGCGCCGGGCCCGCCGCCCGGGCCCCGCUACAAGCUGGCCACCGAGGGGUCCCUGCGCGUGUGCUCCUUCCAACACACUCGCACCGUCGUCGACAAGAUCCUCGCUGCCAAGUUCCUGCGACGUUGGGAGACGCAUGUCCUCUGCCUGCAGGAGGAGCAUAUCGUUUCCAAAACGCCGUCCGGCAUGCUAGAGAGGCCGCUGCCUUACAGCAACAUGCAGGAGGUGUACUGCAUCUCCCGGUGGGACACCGCUAGAAAGUACUGCCUCAGGAUCGUCAUGCCUCACGGCUCGCUGCUCUUUCAGGCGAGCGACGCGUACACGAGGGACCAGUGGUAUCACUCCAUUGUAUGGCGAAGAAACAUGAUAAGAUAUCGCAACAUUCUCACGAAGAGUGAUCGAAAAGAGGUUGUUAUGAAGGAAUUGAAGAACAUGGUGGAUUUCGCGAUGACGACCCCCCUGCAGGACGAGAGCGUGACGCGCGCGCCUCUGCAGACACUGACCGACCUGCUCUCAGAGAAAAAGGACUGUCCCGAGUGGGAGCAAUGGGCGGAGAAGGCGAGCAUGGUAGCGGCACCCCUGCUUGCCGAACGCUGCGCGAGCAGCGAGCUGUGCGCGUUGCUGGCGCGGCUGUGCCGCCUGCGGCCGCGCGCGGCGCCACUGCCCGCGCUCGCACCGCCCGUCCGUCGCGUGCUCACGCGCAACGUGGACUUCGCGAGAGCGCCCAACGCCCGCCGACUCGUCAGAGAUUAUAUUAGUGCUGUGAGCUCACACAAUUCGGGCGCAUCGCUGGUGCGGCGGUUCGUGGAGGUGACGCACGGCGGCCGCGCCGCGUGCCCGCACCCGCGCGCGGCUCCCAACCUCGCGGCCGUGGCGCUGGCCGCGCUCGACGACCGCUUCCGCGACCAGCCCGAGCCGCACCGCUGCGACGACUCGGAGGACGACGUCUUGUGCUUCGCUGAUAUCUUGGAACACAUGUCCGAGUACGAAGAUUGGCUGGUGGUGGUGGGCGGCGUGCUGCAGCCGGUGCCGCUGAGCUUGGGCGCGCUGCGCUGCCCAGGCGUGGCGGCGCGCGUGGCGCGGGUGCUGCGCGCGCUGGGCGCGGACGCGCGCUGCGCGGCGCACGGCAGCGUGGCGGCGGCGCCGGCGCGCGCGCUGCGCCCGCACCCACGCUCGUGGCUGCGCGCCGCCUCGCCCUCCGACCCCAUGCUGGCGCUGCCGCACGCCGACUUGUGUCAGCUGUGGGGCGACAUGAUUGGUAGUUUAUUGAAAUGUUGCGGAAAGAGAAAAAGUUUUCUGCAAAGCAUGAGCAAGCAACUGCCAGACUUUGUGCUAGUCGCUUUAACUGAACACCCUGCAGCCUUAGAAGCUCUCUGCCUCAUGCUAGAGUGGGAGGUGGCGAGCGGCGAGCAGACGCAGCUGGAGAUCAUCGCGGCGCUGCAGGGCACCGACCUCGGCCAGAAAUAUUACAAGGAUCUUUGCGAACGGCAGAAUAAUCUGCAGAAAUUGCAAGCCGAGGGCGGGCCACGACGGCUAGCUCUACCGGUGCGCGCGACUGACGAGGACGUCGCAGCGCUACUUGAGGCGGGCGCGCUCGGCAACCUCGAGUGCCUUUCACUCGCCUUUACCAGCGUCACUAGCGCCUGCGCACACCACCUCAUCAAGCUGCCGUCGUUACGAUACCUAAACUUAUGGGCCACUCAAUUCGGAGAUUCUGGGGUUCAGCUUAUCGCAGAGCACCUGCCACGGUUGCAGGUCCUCAACUUAUGUGAGACACCUGUCUCUGACAAGGGCAUUGAAGCACUCUCAGCUCUGACCAGCCUCCGUCGCCUGAACCUAAACAGCACGCGCCUGUCGGCCGAGGCGUUCGCGGCGCUGCGCGAGCGGCUGCCGGGCCUGCAGGAGUACGACAUCCGUUACACGGAGGCGUGGUGACAGCGGACCGAGCCGCGCCCCUCCACCAGCUCCAGCAACACCAUCAUAUAAGCGGCUGCCGGGCCUGCAGGAGUACGACAUCCGUUACACGGAGGUGUGGUGACAACGGACCGAGCCGCGCUCCUCCACUAGCUCCAGCAACACCAUCAUAUAAGCUGCUGCCGGGCCUGCAGGAGUACGACAUCCGUUACACGGAGGCGUGGUGACAGCGCACCGAGCCGCGCCCCUCCACCAGCUCCAGCAACACCAUCAUAUAAGCGGCUGCCGGGCCUGCAGGAGUACGACAUCCGUUACACGGAGGCGUGGUGACAGCGCACCGAGCCGCGCCCCUCCACCAGCUCCAGCAACACCAUCAUAUAAGCGGCUGCCGGGCCUGCAGGAGUACGACAUCCGUUACACGGAGGCGUGGUGACAACGGACCGAGCCGCGCUCCUCCACUAGCUCCAGCAACACCAUCAUAUAAGCGGCUGCCGGGCCUGCAGGAGUAAAACAUCCGCUACACGGAGGUGUGGUGACAGCGGACCGAGCCGCGCCCCUCCACCAGCUCCAGCAACACCAUCAUAUAAACUUCACUCGAUCUCAGUUCUAGUUUACAAACGAAUUAAUCUGACUACCAACCAAUACCGAAAUAGUCUGUACUGUAAUACAGUCAGCACCAAAUGUUUAGUCGCGGCCAAAGUAACCGAAUAUAUCGCAACACAUCCUUAUUCCUAUGGUAACAAAAGUAUGUUGCUAUACGUACUUAUAUUGCUAAGACCACUUUGGCUUUCAAUCAUCUAUUUCAUGCUGACUGUACCUACAAUGUUCUAUUCUAACUGACGCAAAUACUAAGAGCGGUUUCAGGCCAACGUAUUUUCCUGCGCGUAUACGGCUGUUUCGGCCGGGUUUCUACAUUUGGGUUGUACGAACUUACAAACGCACUUGUAAGCUCCCUACGUUUUUACUUUUCGCUAAGUCUGUCUGUACGAGCUUACACGCUCGUAUUCGUACGGUCGUUUAAUCACUAGUCUGGAUUAUCUGGAACCGCCCUAAACCGAUUGAUGCAAUUAAGUUUUGUUUAUAGUUGUUAGAUUUGUAGCUGGCCCCCAACGGCUUAUCCUUUGUCCAUUGUUUGCAGGCCCGGUCACUUAAACCGGUUAUAUAAUUACAACUCCUAUGGUAAUUGAAAUAAGAUUCAAUAUGAAAAAUGGAAAAAUAAUUUGCGGUUUCUUGUGUGGUCCCUAUACGGUUACUGAGUACCGGCGAGUCGAACUCUACGGACCCAGCUUAAAAUGUGUCCUCGAUAUGCGUAACAAAGGCGCGUUAUCGGAGAGCACACCUACACUGGUUUUUUUUGAGCGUUGGACUAGCCCGCGCUCAGGUACCAAUUAGAAUUAUACGACCCUUUUUUUUGCAGGUAGUGGCACGCGCCGUUUUAGUUAACAAUAGACAAAGGAUAAGCCCUAUGGGGGCCAGCUACAAAUCUAACGACUAUACAAAUAAGUACUUAUGGGUAGUUUAGCAGUUUAGCGUGUUGAUUUAGAGAUUAAUGCGUUUGUAACCUGCAAUAAAUAAUCACAUUUUUCCGGUUAUAUGGUAGAUAUUAUGGUUCUAUAAAAACUUAAUGCCAAUAAGUAUCUAGUUUUAUAAUUAGACAAUAGCAUUAAACGUCUGUCUUAAUUUGUCGCUGAUCUAAGCGUGCUUAAUGCAGAGAAUUAAUACUUACUUAAAAGAAAGUUCACAUUUAAUAUUAAUUAUUUAUUAAAGAUAGGUGAGCGUGUAAUACUGUGGUUUAAUUGUGAUUCCCAGUGUUUGCCUAUUGUUUCCCAUUUAUAUAUUUAAUAUAGGCACAAAAAUAUCGAAUUUAAUAAUUAUUCUAUGUCAGUAAUUUAUUACUCAGUUUUGUAGGAAAUUCAUCGGUCUUUAGGACAUCACUGUAAAUAAAUUUUGUUAAGGUUAUGCGUUGUCAGUGAGACUGUUUACACCAAUUAGGUUUAGCUUAGCGUUUAGAAAAUGUUAAGAUGUCUUGUUCUAUAUGUAAGAUUCUCUAUUUCCACCUUAUAUAAAAUAAUUCCUAUUAUUUAAAAUAAUUUACGUCAUUAUAAAUAAACUAUUCUCAGUGUCACCUACGUAAAAUUCACAUCUAAAGUAAUUGUUAUCUAUUUUAAUUUCUCUUUAUGAAAAUAAGGUGAAUUUUAUUGUAUUUAUAAUUGCUAUUGAUAUCCAACAAACCGAGUAGGUACUUAGUGUAAUAGAAAUAAUUGUGACGUCGCACGGCGUUAUGGCGGUCGGCGCUUCCGCUGUUACUAACGACGCUCCAAUACUAAUGCGGUGCUACGCGACGUAAGCGCCAAGGGCCAUAACCAUAAGGUACCUUUUCCCAUGGAACGUCAUUAUGUAAAUACUAUUUUACAUAAUUCCAAUAGGGACCGUGCGCGUUGGAGGGUCUGCCAUCUUUUGGCCUGAAUCGGAACAAUAAACGUGUAAAUUUACACGUCACGUGUGUUCUUGUGCAUAGUAGGUUCUGCCAUCUUGUGGGCUACAUCGGAACAAUAAACAUCACAUUUACGCCUCGCGCCAAAAAUCUGACUGCUCCUGUGCUGCCUCCUAUAGUUCAUGCACGCUCCCUAGCACAGCUAAUAGUGAUGUGCAGAAAGAUGGUCAAUUUUCAACAUUGCCAACAUUUCCAUAUUACAAAGAUUUCGGAUCAUUCUAACAUUUUUUUGUAUGGAGAGCGAAAUUAUUAAUCUCGCCAAAACGGAAACUUUCUUUACAUAUUUCUUGUUAAAUUUUCGAGAACAUUCCCAACUUAUUGGAAACCUUCCGUAAAUUACCUACACAUCUGUACACAUAGCCAUUUCAUUAUUUUAGCCCCAUGACUGCCCAAAUCAGUAUUGUAUGUCGUACCUAAUGUAAGUGACCUGCGUGUAUCUACUUAUUCGAUAACAUCUACUUUGCGCACUAAAUCCUGUAAAUAAAUAUGUAUAAGCGAGUACAUUUGCAUGUUAAGUAUACUGUUAUUACAAGAGGUUUGGUAAGAUGCACUUAAUUCUUGCUGCCACUCUUUGGAUGUCAGAAAACCUUUAUCGUAAAAUCCUGUUCGUUUAUCCGUCUGUCGUUUGUCAAAAUAUAAUGUAGGUAUAAGUUAUGUAUAGGUACUGAAAUACUAUUCGCAACCUAAUCCAUGUAAAUAGGUACCUAAUUAAAUAUCAUUUAUGUUAACAGUUCAAUCAAAAAUAAUCGAAAGAAUACCAAUGUUAACUGAAUAGGGCAUCUUUUUAAAAUGGUGACUGAUCGUACAGUUCGUAGCAAUCAUUAUUGACUGGUAAGUACUCCUCCGUGUACGACGCUUGCUGCUGACUGUACAUUUAUAAAUGAUAUGUAUUAGAUAUGCAACUUAUCAGAGGGCACUAUUAAGUUUGUUUCAGUGAGCAUUGUAAGCAUAAGAGAAUAUUUAUUCAAUAAUAAUAUACCUAGAUACUGCUACCUAACUCAAAAAAUAUCUCUUUACGAAUUCAUAAGCUCGACGGCGAACUGUUUUAAAAGAGAAAAUACUUCUGACAGAUAGAGGCCAGAACACAAUCACGCUUUGUGCACAAGUAGUUUGAGCGUUUACCAAAAAACUAUUGAAAUCCUGAUUCCCACAGAUCCUGAUCUUUUUGGGUUAUUUCAACUCACUCACUCACUGAAGAAUCACUUGCAUGUGCAAUCCUGGUGCAAAAAAAUAUCCCAAAGAUGUGUACAUGUAAAUUUUAUUAUUACGUCACGGACAUACAAUAAAACAAACUGUUCACACUAAAACGUGACGUAAUGGAACGGAUAUUUUUUAAAUGGUAGAUUUCUCCAAUGAUGACAAUUUUGAGUAUAGGUAAUGAGCCCAAGAAAGUCCAAUAAUGUAAGAAUCAGGCUAUCAGCUUUUUUUUUUAAACGUAGAGCGUUUUCCAAACGACGUUUACGUCGAAAGCAGUAUUGCAAUAGCGUCCGUCUGCGGGGGUCAGUCAAAAUGUGUAUUAUGCAUGUUUUUUGUAGGGUUGCUGUGUUAAAACGGUUACUUAAAUAGAUACAUGUAGUUAUUUAUUAAAAUAAAAGUUACCUACGCUUAAACUACCUAUUACUAUAGGAUUAUUUUAAGACAUGUUGGCUGUGAGUAUAAAUCCGACACGCAUUUUUGAAUGUUGGUGUGCUCUUGUAAGGUGUUUCUUAAUUGAAGCACUAUCUCUUAAUUGUAAGUAUAUGGUAUAUAUUAUAUUGAAGAUAAACUAUUUAUAUGAUUCUUAUUCUUAAAAGUCUACACAGUUUUGUUAUAUUUUAGUUCAAAAUGUAAAAAAAGUAUGAACGUGAAAAAUUAACUAAGGUAUACUCAAACGAUUGAAUAUGUCCUGAGACGCAUUUACCUACACUUAUUCAACUGUUUGAUUCUACAGUCGAUAACCCCGUGCUAAAAGUAAUUUAGCUAUGUCGACGUCGAAUUUGACAGUCGCUCCAGUGAAAAUACAACCUUAAUUUUUUUUACUAAAACUGCUUUAGGUACUAGUUACGCCACCUCAAACCAGAGGGCCCGGAGGACGUUUAUACCUUAGCAUCUUUAUUGUAUUUGUUCUUAUUAAACAUUUCAACAACUCUCCUAGAAACAUAUCUGAAAUAAUAAUUUAAAUUAUAAUAAGGAAAUUAAACAUCUCGACAUGGCAAUUUGUAAUAGUCGAGCCCGAUAAGAUAAGCAUCCGAGCAAGCUAUAGGCACACUACUUAAAUAGUUGUGAUCGAAGUCAACAAUAGGUACAAAACAGUCAACAGUCUACAUUCUUAUUGUAAUGACUGAAUUUAUACUUAAUUUUUGUAGGUACUUAUAGCAUAUCUAGAACGUAUUUUGAUCUUAUUUAUUUUGUAUAGCUUCUACUAUCCUGUUUAAUAAUUUAGAAUGUUUUGUUGUUUUAAAGACUCUGUCGAGAGAAGAGCACAUGUUUACAGAUGGUUUCUCUUUUGUAAAUAGUAUAAACGUCACUUAAUUUGUAGGUUUUUAUCAAAACAUACAACUUUUAAGUGAAUGUAAAAUAUGUGUCUGUUCAAUUCAGUGGUGUUUCUAAUGUAUGUACCUACCUACCUAUUCAUAAUCAAAACGGCAAAAAGUAUUACGUACAUUGAAAUUAGUGUCACGAAGAGGUAUAAGACUUAUUUGUCCAGUGUGAGAAGUGUGGGAUUUUAUAAUAAAACUAUUUUAAAACUUAUAA